AUGGGUUUGCCUUCUUCUCUAAAGCCAUGCGUCUUUUUAGUCUUCCUUUUUCUUCUCAAUGUCUCCACCAUUAACUCGGAGCCAUCAAACGAAGAACCUGUGCUUUUUGGCGGGAACUUUCAGGCUUUGUAUGUUAUAGGAGAUUCAUUGAUUGAUUCAGGGAACAACAAUAAUCUUAUCACGAAAGUCAAAUCGAAUUUUGCUCCUUAUGGUUCUGACUUUGAAGGAGGCAAACCCACCGGUCGUUUUAGCAAUGGCAAAACGAUUGCUGAUUACAUUGCUAUUUAUUAUGGGCUUCCUUUGGCUCCUGCUUUUAAAGGAUUAACAGAAGAACAAAAGAACAAUAUCUCAACUGGUAUUAAUUAUGCUUCUGCUAGCUGUGGGAUUUUCCCUGAUACAGGAAGGCGAUUUGGAGAAUGUCUCUCAUUGAGUGUCCAAGUCGAUCUAUUCAACCAAACCAUCGACCAGAAUCUGAAGAAAAUUUUUAAGACAGAGUCAGAGCUCACUAAACAUUUGGCUGAAUCGUUGUUCAUGACCGCUAUCGGAAUUAACGAUUACGUUUUCUACUAUAAUACGACAAUGGACCCAAGUGCAUUCGCAGACAAGCUUCUUCACGAUUUUUUGAUACAGAUUAAGAGAUUAUAUAACUUAGGAGCACGGAACUUCUUCAUGAACAACAUUAAACCUUUAGGUUGUUACCCAAAUAUCAUUGCUAAGACGGUACCUCGUGGAAGCUGCGACGACUCUUUAAACCAUGCUAUCGAGAUUUUCAAUGUUCAGCUUAGAGAAAGCUUGUCGCAUAUGCGUCACAAGCUCUCCAACACUUCUUUCUUAUACUCCGACUACUUCAACUUCAUGUUGGAACUUCGUGGACCUUCGAACAAUCAAGUUAGUUCGAAUCUAUUGAACACUACUAGCCCAUGUUGUCCUAAAGUUUAUAAUGGAGGUUUAACCGCGACUUGUUUGCCACUCUCAAAGGCGUGUAAGGAACCGGACAUGUUUAUCUUUUUCGAUCCACGCCAUCCAACUCAAAUUGCGAAUUUCAUGUAUGCUAUUCAGUGUUUCCAGGAGAGAGAAGUUUGUCAUGUGGUGAUAGAUUAA